CGUUAUUCCAGACCUGUCCCAGUCUGUCCUUUGCUUUUAUUUUACCUUCUUUACUGCCUGACCUGUGUCUUUCGUAUCAGAGGGAAGGUGAAAUUUCCGAAAUGUUAGGUUCUGUACUGCGGUCAGCUGUACGAGCUCCGUUGCGACGAAACGGGGCUGUUAGAAUCCUGAAAAGAAAUUCGGGAAACUGGUACUAUCGGCAAACCGCACCGCCGGAGAAGCAGGAAAUUAUUUUAGCAGACAUUAUGGGGACAGCAAUGUGGUGGUGGAUACUAUGGCAUGUCUUCACCGACUAUCACCAUAUUUUCGGCCACUUUCCGGAUGUGGAACCGGAGUCGUGGACCGACAGCAUGCUGGGAAUUCCGCAAGACGACGAGGAAUAAGCGUGGAUGGCUGCCAUUAGAGUUUUUAAAGUCGCGUAUCCUGCACACUGGGAUGGACUGUAAAUAUAUAGUGAAGUACAAAGAAGGUCUUCUGUCUUUA